AUGGAGCAUAAGGAUUCAAUACACUGUUCCUGGAUUGAAGAUAAAGGCAGGAGAAGUUCUGGAAGUUCUCAGGCUAAGGUGAUUGACAGAGAUGGUUUUGAAGUAAUGGAAUGUAUAAAGGGAGACCAGUAUAUUGUGGACAUGGCAAAUACCAAGGGUCACACAGCAAUGCUUCAUACUGGCUCAUGGCAUCCCAAAAUAAAGGGAGAAUUUAUGACUUGCUCAAAUGAUGCAACUGUGAGGAUAUGGGAAGUUGAGAAUCCAAAAAAGCAAAAAAGUGUAUUUAAACCACAGACGAUGCAAGGCAAAAAAGUAAUUCCCACCACCUGCACAUAUAGUAGAGAUGGAAAUCUCAUUGCAGCUGCUUGCCAGAAUGGAAGCAUACAGAUGUGGGACCGAAAUUUGACUGUUCACCCUAAAUUCCACUAUAAACAAGCUCACCAACCAGGCACAGACACUUCUUGUGUGACCUUUUCCUAUGAUGGCAAUGACCUUGCCUCUCAUGGAGGUGAUGAUACAUUAAAAUUAUGGGAUGUCCGACAGUUUAAUAAGCCACUUUAUUCAGCCUCUGGACUUCCUACCAUGUUUCCAAUGACUGACUGUUGUUUCAGUCCCGACGACCAACUCAUUGUCACCGGCACCUCUGUUCAACGGGGGCGUGGCAGCGGCAAGCUGGUGUUCGUUGAUCGCAAGACUUUCCAGAGAGCCUACGAAAUAGAUAUCACAGAUGCGAGCGUUGUGCGUUGCCUGUGGCAUCCAAAGCUGAACCAGAUCAUGGUUGGAACUGGAAAUGGAUUGGCUAAAGUGUAUUACGACCCCAACAAAAGUCAGAGGGGAGCAAAAUUAUGUGUGGUGAAGACAUAGCGGAAGGCGAAGCAAGCCGAGACGCUAACCCAGGACUACAUUAUCACUCCUCAUGCCUUGCCCAUGUUCCAUGAGCCCCGCCAGCGGAGUACAAGGAAACAGCUGGAGAAGGACAGACGGGAUCCCCUGAAGUCUCACAAACCGGAACCUCUUGUGGCAGGCCCAGGUCAUGGUGGCCAAGUUGGAACCCAUGGGGGCACUCUGUCCUCAUACAUUGUGAAAAACAUUGCUUUGGACAAGUCUGAUGACAGCAAUCCUCAGGAAGCCAUUCUGCGGCAUGCCAAAGCAGCCGAAGACAACCCAUAUUGGGUUUCUCCAGCAUAUUCCAAAACUUAGCCUAAAACCAUGUUUGUCCAAGUGGAAUCUGAUGAUGAGGAAGCAAAGAACGAACCAGAAUGGAAAAAACAUAAAAGAAGAACCUCAUUCGAGAGCUCUUUGCAUGAAGAGGAGUGGCGGACGGGUGUGGGCGACGUGAAGUCGGCCGAGUCCUUGUUGAUCCUCAGGCAGACUGACCAGCGGACAAUCAUAGGUGAGCGCGAGGCGUCGGAGGGCUCAACGGUGCACACCUAUAUUGCAGGUCCCUUGCCCUCAGCCCGCCCGGCGUCUCCCUAG